UUUGAUGCAUUUAUGCUAAGAAUGGGAAACAAUCUACGCCUCUCAAUACAAAUAGAACAACAGCCUCUCUAUAUUUAGUUGAUCACCCAACCACUAGAAAUGUAUAAAAUACGCAUGCUUCAUCCCUAUCAUCUCAUAAGAGUUACAAAAAAACAAAAACCAAAGACAAAACCAAGAAACAAGUAUGGCGGCAUAUGCUAGGAACAAUGUUUUCUUGUCUUCUCUCAUGUUUCUUCUAUUCAUCGGUUCCUCGUACGCAAUAACGGCUGCAGACAUAAAUGCAAUCUGUGGGAAAGCGCUAAACCCGUCUUUCUGUCUGAAAUACCUAAAAUCCAACCCGAAGAUCUUAGCUUCUGGUCUUCCGGAUGUUGCCAAGAUCACUAUUGAUUCCGCGCAGACAUCUGCAUCGAAGACUUUUAAGCAGAUCCAGUCCAUUGUCCAGAAAACAACCGACCCGAAAUCAAAGCAAGCCUACACGUCGUGCUUAGACAAUUACGAGUCGGUAGUCGAUACCUUGGAUGAAGCCAAGGAGCAUCUGGCAGCCGGGGAUCCUGCAAGUGUGAACAUCAAAGUUUCAGGCGCUAUGGAUGGACCGGAAUCAUGUCUAGACGACCUCAAGAACAUCAAGGCCGAUCCUUCGGUCGUGAAGAACAGCGAGUAUAUCGGGAACGUUUGUGGAAUCACUCUUGUUAUCUCGAACAUGUUACCCAGGCGUAUGUAAUCUGUAAAGACGAGACAAUAUUAAUCUGAUUAACAAUCAGAUACUCGUAACACUGACAACAUCAAGAAGUUGAUUAUCCAAAGAACCCGGUUCUCUCCUUUUCUUUACA